AUGGCUCACAAUUUUAGUGUGGAAGUUGAGAAACUCAGAAGUGCUAAUGUCUACAAUCCCAGGCUUCCCACACAGCCAAUUCCAAAUAUCGCCACGUCCACAAAGUGUACGACAACAAAGAGCCAAGCAUCCAGACAUCAAUACCUGAAUUUAAAUUGGAGUCUUGAUGAGCUGCAAUCUUGUGGACAGAAAAAGGUGCGGCCGUGUUGGGAUAUGAUGGAAUGCAAACAACUGAAGCGCUUAAACUACAGAUGGAGGAACAAAUGUGCAGCUGGGCAUUCAGUGUCGGCAAAGGAGACAGUUGAGGUGAUGACAUGUGAAAUUAACGAGGCUAUUUCUUGUGAAAUUUCUGAACCAGUGGGCGAAGCGAAGCCAGAAGAUAACUCACCGAUAAGAGAGGUGGCCCUCACGGUAUCGACCAUGGAUGGUCCCUCUCUCAUUCUCUUUGAAAUACCAGAAUUGGUAGGUAUCUUCAGGCUUUUAUUAUUUGCAUUUUACGCUGACAUGGGUAGCUCGAGAGAUAUUGCAAUAGGGCCCGUGGCAGUCGUUUCACUUCUUCUAAGAGCUAUGUUGCAAAAUGAGAUUGAACCGGUCAAGAAUGCACAUUAUUACCGUUGGUUGGCUUUCACGACAGCUCUUUUUGCUGGCAUAACACAAGCGACCCUCAGCAUUCUCCAGUAA